AUCAAAUUCUAGCAAAAUGGGUUCUUGCAUUAGCAAAUGCAGACCCAGAAGACACAUGAUAGAUGAACUCAAUCAUGUCCAAGACAAGCUGGUAAUCUCACAAGCUCCAUCUAGAUUAGCUGCUCCUCCAAUUUCUGCUUCAAACAAAAUCUCCCCCUCUCCUCCAUCCCCUUCCAAUUCCACUUCCUCUGCUUCUUCCUUCACUUGCACCACCAACACAAGCACUUCCCACACCAGCAGCUCACUAACCUCAACCCUGUCAAGUGCUUCUUCAGUCUUGAGUUCGAAAAUCGACCGGUCUUUCUCCAACGAGUUCUUGUGGUCAUGUUACAAGGAAAACCCACAUGUAGUUCGGAUUAAUUCACUCAAAGAAGCAAGCUUUUCCUCAUCAUCACUGCCACAGAAGCCGCUUUUGCCAGCAGCAGUGAAGAAGAAGCAGCCAAACCUGAAAAACGCAAAUGCGUCUGUUACGCCUCAAAAGAGAGUGAGGUCAAGCUCACCAACCCCAUUAACAAGACAAAAGAGCUUCCGAAAAGAGCCAGAGAGGCCGCCUAUGAUCUCUGCAUAUUCUCACCCAAGUAGAAUCUUGAGGUCACCUUCUCCAAGCAGAAGGUUCAACAUGGCAAACCCACCAAAAGAAUCAAGCCAUUCAAAGCCUAACGCGUUGAAUCUCAGGCCUGCAGCAAGUUCAAAUUACAGCAAUUCAAGCCGGCUGCUUAGACCUUAUUUGAGGAACAGAGAAACAGAGACGCGCAUUCACAGGAUCAGCUCCAAAAUUGAUGAGGUUGCAGUUGGAGAAGCUCUAGCUGACUAUAUGGACUCUCUUCCAGCAGAGGACAUUGACAACCCCUUAAUCUCUCUCGAUUGUUUUAUCUUCCUCUAGUAGAUUAAUAUUGUGAGUGUGUGUGUGGUCGUGCAUAUAUAUAUUUGAAAAGGUUGUGAAUUCAUUCAUUUAUAUGAUCUGCUGGAUCAAAUUAAUUCAUUUCAACUUCUGUAAAUUUAUUUGGUUUGCCUUGUUUUUUCUUUUAAAUUUUUUGUAUCGUUACCCGAUUGUUUGUUUUGAUGAAAAUUACGAGAAAUGUUUGAUGUGUUUA